UGCUCGAGUGUGAGCCACGGUAUGGCCAGACGUGGAAUGAGCGAGAAGCAUAGUGUGGGCCGAGUGACGCCGAGCGAGUCUCGACGGCGUUCGAACGUGAGGCUAUUUAAAACUGUGCGCAGGCCCCCUGGCGCCGAGUCGACGACUAAUGAUCAGUGCUGCCUUGCCUGCCGUUGAGUGCGUAGCGACACUGUGAUUCGUGUUUACAUAAGAACGUUUCAGUGUUUGUUUAGUUUCACCAAUUCUACAAAACACAUACCAUUAAAAUGGCUGACAGUGGUCUGAAAAGGAAUAUUCCCAUCAAACUUGGUGACUUUUCUGUCAUCGACACUGAAUUCUCCAGCAUCAGGGAGAGAUUUGACGCCGAAAUGAGGAAGAUGGAGGAAGAGAUGAGCAAAUUCAGAUCAGAGCUCAUGAACAGAGAAAGCAACAACUUCUUCAAAAGCACAACUAGCAGCACCACAUCGUCACAGCACAGUGACAGCAGACAGUUGGCUGAGCCCAGCCACUGGGACAGCCUGAACUCGCCCCUGAUCCAGGAUGAGGGCGACGGCAAGUCACUGAAGCUCCGUUUCGAUGUUAGCCAGUACACCCCUGAGGAAAUCGUCGUCAAGACUGUAGACAACAAAUUAUUGGUCCACGCCAAGCACGAAGAGAAGUCUGACACAAAGUCGGUGUACAGAGAAUACAACAGGGAAUUCCUGCUGCCCAAGGGCACCAACCCCGAGGCCAUCAAGUCGUCGCUGUCGCGGGACGGCGUGCUCACCGUGGAGGCGCCGCUGCCGCAGCUCGCCAUCACCGACAGGAACAUCCCCAUCCAGAAGCACUGAGUGCACUCGCUCGCCGUCACACACGACAGCAGCUAUUCCAUAAUACUGUUAAUAAUUUAUUUUAAUUUACGUUUUAUAAAUUUAAGAGGAGCAAUUGGCGAUAUUUAUUUAGAAUCUUUUAGAGAAUCUCAAAAUUAUUAACACCUUAAUAAGUUUAUUGGUCAAUUAGUAUUCUCGAAAAUUCCAAACGGCUAUUGAGCACAGUUUGCAUGUUGAAUGUUGCUUCAGUGACAUUUGCUUUCUCGAUGAAUGAUGGGCGAUGUAUCCAGACAAUUGUUACUUUUGUUUUUAUAUUGGGUAUUACGAUGAAGUUUAUUUGUGUCCUAUGUCAUUAAGUAGCUCUAGGAUCAUAAAAAAUUAAAGAAAUGGCCUAGACCAAAUACUACACUGAGCUUAUGUCGUGUUCACAAAACAAUUCGAAUUGAUUCAACUUCUUUGAUAUUAAAAAGGCUAUUGGCAUAUAGGCUAUGAAGACAACGACGAUUGUUAAAGUGUCUUAUACUAUACGUAUGAAAGUCCAUUUUGCUUAACACUACCUGCAAUGAGCAGCUAUAACAAGCACGUUAUAAUCCACCAGUUUAACAGCUUUUAACAUAAUACACAUUUAUAUUUUAGUACAAACAGUUGUUACGAAUGUUUUAGAUGUCAAUAAAAUAUGAAAAGCU